CUCCAUUGUUGGAGAGAUAACGAUCGAGGCCAGAUAAGUAUGUGAAGUGUGACAUUUGCUGCGCACCGCCCCAAUUGAUUUUUGUUGGCCACGGCGAAACCAAGCCGUUUCUUUGUUGGCUGUAUGUAAACAAAGCGUCGGCCAUCAUCACUGACUCGGUCGCCCUGGCCCGUGACUCCGUACAGCCAGAGAUGGCGGAGAUGUGUUACCGAUAGCUCGACGUUCUAGCCAUGUGUUCGGAACAGUGCUGAGACGUCGGUAGAUCAGAGGGCAAAACACUUGUCACUAUUCGAAAUAGUCGAGAGUAUGCAAAAUAAUCGACCAUGUGAACUGUGUGUCUGUGGAGGGAUCAAAAUAGUAGUUGUGUUUUAAUAUUUCUGACUAGAAUUGGAUUUCCCAUAGAACCUUCGUGGGAUAGUGGACCUAAUAUUUGGCGUUGUACUAGAACGUUUUAAAUAGUCAAAUUUGACGAGGCGCCCUCUUUUACCGGCGCCCUUCCAUUUAAAAAUAGCCACUUCGAAUGAGGAAAUUUGUGAGAAUAAGCAAACUCUUUACUAAGACUAUUGCUUUGAGAUUGACAAAAAACAGUGGAAAUAGAUCGUUCUUGUGCUCCUCCUCUUGCCACGCAACGUCGUCAGGACUAACCUACCCAUAUCAUUGACCUGUGAGCAGUAGACCAUGUCAAUGCCUCACCGCGCACAACGUCAACACUGCUACCUGUGCGACCUGCCCCGGACUCCCUGGGCCAUGCUCCACGACUUCUCCGAGUCCGUGUGCCGUGGCUGUGUCAACUACGAAGGUCCGGACAGAAUUGAAAUGGUCAUCGACGCGGCCCGUCACAUGAAACGCGUCCAGGGUUUCCAGGAGUCAUCGCGUGCCGGGCCCGGCGUGGCCAACGGUAUCGGCAAGCCUUCGCCUCACGGCAUCCCUCCAGGACCACAGUCUAGAAACGGUCCACUGGGUCAGCCCCCUACUUCGGGCCCACCCGACCAUCACUCUCAUGCCUCCAUAGGACUCGAUGCGUCACGAUUAUCCGGCCCUCCAUCUUCUCAUCACCUGCCCGGGCCCAACCACUCGGCCGCACCUCCACCGCAUGCUCACCAUCCUUCGUCAGAUAGAUUCCUGGAUUCCAGGAGAAACAUGCUGGACCUAUCCGCUAUGACCAGACAGCCCAAUGGUCUUUUAGGGCUUCAUCCAUUGUCCAGAUCUGCCGAGGAACACUUUGCAGAGAUGCACCACCGGGGGAGUCCACCCAGGGGUGGGUUACCUCUCCUCCACCCCCUCAGUCACUCCGGCCGCCACGGCGCACCUUCUCAACCUCCACUGCUACACAUGAGAAGGGGAGAUGACGAGGAUGAGGUACUUACCCAAUCCAGCGCCGAAGAACUGGUCAAGUAUUCUUCUCUAGAGGACGCCAUCCAGAAAAAUCCGUAUGUAAGAGAGACGCUGAACACUUUAGCCGCUUGUGUGCCCUUUCAGAUCAGACUCAGGAAAGACCACAUGCAGGCUGGGCGAAUGUUUGCAUUCGAUGUCAGUUUCCGGAGUCCCAACGAGCUAGAGCUGAAAUACUUUGUGGAGUACCCGAUAGGCUCAGGGACUGUCCACAAUUCCAUCUCCAGCCUGGUCAAACUUAUGUGUCAUGAUACGGUCAAGGACUUUGGUAAAGGUCAGUCGUCGGGGCUCGUGUAUCUGGAGUACGAGGUCAAGCAUAACAGCGGACAGUGGAAUCACAUGACUGAUCUGUUCACCGACCGGGUUCGGCAUUUCAGGGAAAGUCUACCGAGGGAAGUUCUCCCCGCACCUUUUAUAGACAGCUGCCUGCCCCCGCUUCCAAGUCACCUGGGGCGAGUGGUGCCGGUCUCUAAAAGUGAGCCCCAGCGGUUGUUUCUGGAAGGCGCCAGCAGCAGCGGCCGUAAGAGGAAGAGCUCGCCGGGGGCCGAUGAUGAUCACGGGAGUUCCAGCAAGAUGAACGAGGAGCAGCACAAACGCCAGCAGUGGAUGCAGAGCCAGGCUGACGCCCUCAAGCUGACCAUCUCUUCCACGGCAGCGGCUUACGGUCCCGGCCUGCCCAGCUCCACCUCCAUGUCGCCUCUCAGCAACCACAACCACACGCCCAGCCCACCCAACGGCGGGUCCGGCCCCAAUCCCGGGCCGUCCCCGAUGGCUGCACUCAUGAAUGUCACGGACACACUCGUCUCCCCCACGGGGCCGCCAGAUCUCUUGCACCACGCCACCAACCUGAUGCGAGCGCCACACCAUUCUCCUAACAGCUCUAGACGGGGGCCCCACCUUGGCCCUGUGUCGGACACUGGUGUCGGCAGCACCAUGCCGGAAUCGACCAGUGGAAUGGCUGCAGAUUUAUUAAAAUGCACGCUGUGUCAAGAGAGACUUGAGGACACCCAUUUCGUCCAGUGUCCCUCCGUCCCCGACCACAAGUUCUGCUUUCCUUGUUCGAAAGAGAGCAUCAAACGUCAGGGUGCCGGGGCGGAAGUGUACUGCCCCAGUGGCAACAAGUGUCCACUGUCGGGCUCCAAUGUUCCCUGGGCGUUCAUGCAAGGGGAGAUUGUCACCAUCCUAGGUGAGGACUACAGCGGCUCCAGCAGCCUGGGUACCACCAGCAGCAGUUCCAGCAGCAACAUCAGCCUGGGCAACAGCACAAAAGACGUCAGCAUCAAGAAGGAACGAGACUCCUGAGAAAUCAGUGCAAGUGCAAGGCAGACCUAUGGCAGUGACUCUGUGUAAAUGUAAUGCAGACUUAAGGCAAUGACUCACGUAAGGCAGACUCACGCUGGGCCGUUCUUUGUCAGCAUCAAGUCUAACAGUGCUUCCCAUCCUUUCACCUUCUCUGUUACCACAUGUUAGCUUAACGUGUCCUGCUGUAUCAGCGGGGCGGGGCGUGUACUGUUCUGUUGUGGAUGGCACUUGAUGUAUCUAUAGCUGCAGGCCCAGACAGGUGGGCACACUAGCCUUUGAAUAGACCCCUGAACACCUGGGCAGCUUCUUGAAACACAACAUGAGAGAAGCAUUAGGAGACACAUUGACUUGUUUUAACAUUAAGAGUCCUGUGUCAUCAUUGAAAAAAAAAACAGCAAUGACUUGUGUUAACAUUAGAAAAGGCAGUGAUUUGUGUUCACAUAGGAAGACACAUGGUCUAGUGUCAACAUUAGAAGACAGUGUGGUGUGUUUUUAGAAGAUACAGUGGUUUGUUUUAACAUUACAUUAAGACACACUGUCUUAUCAUCAAGGAAGACCCAUGGACUCCUGUUGACAUUAGAAAACACACUUAUUUGUGUUAACAUUAGAAGACACAGUGACACUUGUGUUAACAUUAGAAGACACAGUGACACUUGUGUUAACAUUAGAAGACACAGUGACACUUGUGUUCACAUAAGACACGUUGACUUUCUUCUACAUAAGAAAAAAACAGUGACUUGUGUUUACCAUGUUACAAGGGACUAGUUGUGUUUGAACAGUUCUAACAUAUUUUCUGGAUUUUAAAAAGAUGGUGACAUGAAUUUGAUGUGAAUCCAAGAAAUGCAAUAUUUAUGUGUAAUAGACCUUUUUGUCUGAUCACUAUGUAAUGUAUGAUCCAUGUCUCCAGUGGUUGUCUUUAUACAUUGUAAUAUGUCAUAGACAUUGUGUUCAGGACAAUAAACUGAAA